AAGUCUAUAUAUAUGUAGACUUCUUUUAUUACGUGUAGACUUCCAAAGGAUAGAAACGUAAAAUACAUUUAUGUUUUUUGUUUGGUCAUAAGGGUGAAAUAGUACUUUCACUACUCCUUUAGGUUGGUUUUGCAUUUGACUGAAAGUGGGGUACACUUUUACAUUUGACUUGAAUAUUUGGGUUGGUUUUAGCAAAUGUCCCUAAACUAAACCAAUCUUCAUUUAAACCACCAUUUAAAAAUUCGGUUUAAGUUUUGGAACUGUUCAAAUUGUGUUUCAUUAAUAUAAAAUAUACUCUGUUAAUUUGGUUAGUCAAUAUUUAGUUAUAUGAACAAUCAUAAUCGUUCCCAAAAUUUACCAAAACUUCCAAAGCUACGUAUUACAUCAUCAACACCACAAUGCUUAUCAAAUCUAGAUAAACAAAAAGGCAAUUCGUUCAACUAGAACUCUGGCAAUAACAGUUGUCUUGGAGUCGAUAACAUAUAUCUCUUCAAGGUUUAACAAAAAUUCAGAGUCAUUUAACCCUGAAUUCUGAUCCUGCUUUAUCAAGAAAAUUUGCAUAUGAAUGACCAAGAUGAAUAACUUUUGUCUUUGAGUCAAUAACAAAGAUCUCUUCAAGGUCUCACAAAUUCAGGAUUGAUUAAUCCUCUGUUCUAAUAAUGCUUUGUCAAGAAAACCUGCAUAUGAAUGAACAAGAUGAAGAUGAAAACAAUAGAAUAUCAUUUUUAAAAAUGUUUUACAUCGACAAUUAAUUUGUAUAUUUAUAUAUACAAUUAAAAGAUUUUAUGUUGCAUCAUAAUAGUGGAAAAUUAUAUGUUUCAUACAGUAACCAUCAUUUUAUAUUAAUGAGUUAGUCUAAGAACAUUUUAAAAAUACAUAAAAUAUGUGAAAACGUUUUAGUAUCUAUGCAUAUUGUAUAAACUUGCUACAUUGAUGGAAAGAAGAUACAGAACAAUUGACACUUUCUUAUCUGUUAAAUGGUUGCUACAAAAACCUCCCUAAAUUUCUGGUACGAUUCUAGAUAUCUUAACAAUUAAUUUAAACUCAAUAUUUUCUGAACAAUCAUUAAUAUCAUUAAUAUCUUGACAAAAUAUCUUAGAUUUUACCUAGAUUACGUAGUAAAAUAAAUUACACUAUUAAAAAUAUUUUUGAUGAAACUUUUCAUUAGCACAAACGAACCAUAAACAACGUAAAAAUUCUUUUUUUUUCAAUUGGCUCCUUUAAAACUUAUCACCUUGCUAAAAGGCGUAAAGCACAAACGAAAACGUAAAAAAAUGAAUCAUUUUUCAAUGGCUCCUUUAAAACCUAUCACCCUUGCUAAAAGGUUGUAAAUUUGAAAUUAAAAUUAUUUAAUAUCAUAUAUAUCAUAGUUAUUAUAAAUAGUGAUCUAAAUUAGAAAAUAUUAUCAUCUAUACCAGACACACAAAUUUCAAAAAAAAUCUUAAAUCUUACAAAUAUAUAUUUAAUUUUAAAAAAUACAUCAAAUAAAAAGGUAAAAUUUACAAAACGGGUUGGAAAUUUGGUAAAGUUAUGUAUUAGAUAUAUAUAUUUACUACAAAUAAAAACAAAUACAAAUGAAUAGUAUAAAAUAAGAUAGUAUCAAUAUAAUUUUCAAAUUUUUAUGAUUCUAACAAACUAAUUAAACAUGUUAUGAUUUAAAACAAUUAGCAUGUAUCAUGUUUAUCACAAAGAAAGUAAAAAAAAAAUAAACUACCACUAUAAUAAAACUUAAAAAGACAAAUAAUAUUUUUACUAAAAAUAUAUUUACAAAAUAAUUCCGCCCUUGAAAAUGGCGGGUAAAAAUCUAGUAUACUAUUAGAACAUGAACAUGCCCCAUUAAUAAUAGUUGUGUCCAAUUUUUUAAAAAAAAAAUAACAUCUAAAUAUAACUGCUUAUAUAACUUUAUCAAUACUAUAUUAAUUUUUACGGCAGUUCCACAAAUUCUAAAAUCCUACUUUUCAGCACAAUUUGAUCGCCACUUCGUUAAAUAACACGUGAACAAAAAUUAAUAAAGCAGUUCCAUAACCACUAAUGUCCUAUUUCUAAGGACACGAUGAUAUAAAACUCCUAUUUUUCAAUUAACCAAAUCUAUCCUACUAAUCUCAAUUUCUAAUUUUGUAUAUUUUACGUAACCACCUUCUACAACCAAUUAAACUCCUAUUAUAAAGACAACAAUUUUUGUAAAUGGCAAAACAUUUUGUAGAUAAUUUGGGUGUAUAUGAGAAUAAUGAUUCAGGUUUUGUUGAAUAAGCACAGGAUCAUUAGUUAAUUUUUUGCUCUCCAAGGAACUCCAAAUAAUAUCUUAUAUAAACCCAAGUAAUUUGUUUUUCUCUCUUGACAACAACCCAAAUAGUUUUUAAACCAAAACCUAUCAAAUUUAUAUUUAUGGAACCAAAAAUGUUUAAUUUUAAAAUAAAAUAGAUACUAUAUUUUCAAUAUUGAUUCUAUUACAAAAACUAAUAAGGUUGCAUACUAUAUAUGUAUGAUUGUGCAUAUACAUGUUGACAAUAAAAUAGGUUGGUUAUUUUACAACUCACAUGAGUUGUGGCAAGUGUAGUAAAAAAAAUUAUGUACUCAUAUUUGUAUUGUUUAAAAUUAUGUUUUAAAAGAAAUAAUAUUUCUUUUUCUAAUAUCAAUAUUAUUUGUGUAAAUUGUUUUUAAUGAAAUCACAUUACAUACAAAUAUAUAUAUUUUCCUUCUAAGAAAAUAUAGAUAUAAAGAAAGUAUUUUAUUACUUCAAAAGUGUAUUUUAUGUUAUUUUUAAAUAUAAUAUUACUAUUUUGUGAACUUUUGUUUUAUGAAAUCAUAUUAUAUAUACAUAUAGUUUCGUUUUUAAAUUUUUUUAAAUUUAUAAAAAAAUUUCCUUUUUAUUAUAUGUAUAUGUUUUUCGGAAAAUUUUAAAAAAGAAAUUAAAUAAAAAUAAAUAAUAGUAUUUUAAAUGUAAUAUUUUUAUUUGAUUAAGGGUAUCAGUAUAAUCAAUCAUCGUAAGAGUGAACGUGAGAGCGACACAUAGGAAUCUGAUUUCUCAAAUAAUAUUAUAGAGAUUGAAUAAAUUAGAAAAUAUUCCUUUAACAAUAAUACAAAUAAUUUUCAUAUUUUUAAUUAAAAUUAAAACAUAAUGGCAUUGUUGUAAAUAUUUUUAAAAGCAAAGGGGAUUUAAAAAAAUGUCUUAUAUGUUUUAAUAGUACAGUCACAGAUGUUUUCACUGUGUGUUCUCAAUUAAUAGUAUGUAAGCUAAAAAAACUUAAUUAGAGACCUAAACCUAUUUGCAAAGUUCAUAAAUUAAGUUCAUAGACUCUGAUGGUGUACUUGAAUAUAGUCAAGGGUUUGUUGCAUUGUUUGCUGCUAAGCUUGAGAUCAUGGAACCAUGUUACACUGUCAAGGAUAGGUGUGUAAAACCUAACCAAUUUGAUUUUGUAACUUUGUUUGGAUUGGUUUAUUGUUUGACUAUUUCUCUGUUUUUUAAAAAAUUAUAUUCGGCUAUUAAAAUAGUGUUAACAUGGUUUUAUGGCCAUAAAAUGGUGUUAACAUGUGUAAGGAUCAAUGAUGAUUACUAACCUUAUGUUUCUUGUCUAGGGACGCCUCAUGUCGGAAAGGCGACCCUAGCGUUGGCCUAGGCUAGAUUGUUCUUCCUCAUCGCUUCACCACUUGAGGCGCUAUUUUUAACACAUGUUAGGUUUUCAAAGUGAGUGCCGACAAUGAUAUUGUUUCUUUUUAGUCAAGUUGAAUGAUUCUGUCAACAAUGCCUCAGGCAAAAAAAAAAAAGGUUUUGUAUUACUGUUUAUGUUAGUAGCAAUAAGAAAAUAUUGAUGGUGUCAAAGUAUUAUAUAUGUUAGUCGUUGAGAUUGCUCAAUUUGCUGAAAAAAUAAUAAGAAUGUCUAUUGGAGGUAUCAAAGUACUGUUAUCGUAAAUCUAUUGGCUAGACUGAAUCAUUCAUUUGACUAAAAAGAUUGAGACUUUCUAUAUUAACGAAACAAAUGCUAUAUAACCUAUAGCUCAUAUGAUCCUCUCUCUCUUCAUCACCCUGCUUCGUUGUGUGAGUUCAGGAGAACCAUUCAACAAACAUCGUGGGGGGUCUGGGUGCAUCUCACAUGGUAAACAUAUUUGAAACUUCAACAGUAUUUUUAUUAACAUAAACACAUCAGGUAUUUGCUAUGAUUGGCUCUCUGAUUUUGUCUAUCGUUUGACUCAGCUUUAAUAAUACCACUGACAACUAAAUUUUGCAACUUGCAAACAGAACUCAACUGCUAUUAAAAUGCGACAAAGUGGAAAGACAUAUGCAUAUACUAACCCAAAGCAUAAACAUGAGAAUGGCCGAGAAGAUUUCCUUAUUGAUCUUCUUGUUUGUCCUCAGUAGCAGAAUUACUGUUGUUUCUUCACAACUAUGCGAUGGCACUGGGUCUUUUGGAGAAGGUAGCCCAUAUGCUAUUAACCGCGAAAAAAUCCUCUCAUCUCUUGCUGCUAAUGUGAAGAUGCCCAACGGUUUCUACAACGGUUCGAAGGGAGAUCGUCCUGACUCUCCUGACCGAGUAUAUGCAAUGGCAAUGUGCAUAGAUGGGAGUGACCCAGAGGUAUGCUCGGAAUGUCUCAGGGUUGCGACUAACUUGUUAAUACACAACUGUAAUAACGAGAGUGAAGGAUUUAUAUGGUUUCCGUAUAAAGCCCUUUGUUUUGCACGCUUCUCUAACCGUUCGUUUGUUGGAACCCAUGAUACGCACCUGCUUUAUUCGGAGCACAGCAUUGGGUUAUCGAGGUUAACAGAGUUUGAAGAAAACUUUAGCAAUUUAACAGUUGGUUUGAUAGCUGAAAUUUCUAGUGGAAAAAAAGCUUCAACUAAAGUGGAGGCCUUGACAAAGUUCCAGUUACACGCAUUAAUGCUAUGCACUCUGGAUCUAAAUUCAACUGAGUGUUCGGCCUGUCUUCGAGAAAGUGUUGGUGCUUAUCAUAAGGAUGAAUACCUCAUUCGGAGGCAAGGAGGCGUCAUUGCAUAUCCAAGCUGUUUCUUCCGGUGGGAUUCGUAUCCCUUCAGCGGAGGUUUCAAUCGAAUUUCUUCUUCUAUACUAGGUAGCAACAAAACCUCAACGGUAAUGUUUGUGGCGGUUGUUGUUCCCAUCGUCGCUAUCUGCUGUAUACUGUUUGCUCUAGUGGUAAUACUAGUUAUCAGAAGGAGAAGGUCUAACCCACCGCCUGACUUUGCAAAUGUACCUAAAAACUCACUGCAAUACGAUUUGAAAACGAUUGAAGCUGCAACGUGCACAUUUUCCAAGAGAAACAUGCUCGGUGAAGGUGGAUUUGGAGAAGUUUUUAAGGGUUCACUUCAAGAUGGGUCACAAAUUGCGGUGAAAAGGCUGUCUAAAGAAUCAGCACAAGGUGUACAAGAGUUCAAGAAUGAGACUAGUCUCGUCGCAAAGCUUCAGCACAGAAAUUUGGUUGGAGUUCUCGGGUUUUGUAUGGAAGGAGAAGAAAAGAUACUCAUUUACGAGUUUGUUCCCAACAAAAGCCUCGACCAGUUCUUGUUUGAACCUACAAAGCAAAGCCAGCUUGAUUGGGCUAAAAGGUACAAGAUUAUUCUCGGGACUGCUAGGGGAAUCCUAUAUCUUCAUCAUGACUCGCCUCUCAAAAUCAUACACCGUGACCUCAAAGCUAGUAACAUCCUCUUAGAUGCUGAAAUGGAACCCAAAGUCGCAGAUUUUGGAAUGGCUAGGAUUUUAAAGAUGGAUCAAUCUCGAGCCGAUACAAGGAGAGUCGUUGGAACCCACGGCUACAUUUCUCCAGAGUAUUUGAUGCAUGGGCAAUUCUCCAGGAAAUCUGAUAUAUUUAGUUUUGGAGUUUUGGUUCUCGAGAUUAUUAGUGGAAAAAGAAACAGCAACUUCCACGAGAUUGACGGUUCCGGAAAGAGUUUGGUCACACAUGCUUGGAAGCAUUGGAGGAACGGGUCACCACUAGAACUAGUGGAUGCGGAAAUAGGAAAGAACUAUCAGAGUAAUGAAGUAGUCAGAUGCAUCCAUAUUGCGCUAUUAUGUGUUCAAGCUGAUCCAGAUGACCGUCCAGAUAUUUCCGAAAUUAUCUCGAUGCUCACCAGUAACUCGAUCAUUUUACAGCUUCCCCAGUCACCAGUAUAUGAGGGUUCAGAGAUGGGUCUACCUCCGAUUAAAUCUGUUCCUGUUUCUGUAAAUGAUUCAUUGAUAAAUGAGUUGGUUCCUCGUUGAAGAUGGCAGAUCAUUUUUUUUUUAAAUGAUGGUUGGUUGGAAAAGGCAGAUGAUGUUUCUAUGUUUUAUUUUACAAAUGUUGUGUAUAUGAUCUUCGCGUGUCACAAGGAAACUCUGU